CAUUAUAUCUAUCAGAUUACAAACUUGUUGCAUGCAUUCGAUGUAUAAUUAUGUAAUUAAAAUCAUAUGCGAGCCCGUCAUCUGCCUGUAUAAGCAAUUAAUGGAAUGUUGUAAUUUUCUGCCUUUAUAAGCAAUCAAUGGAGUUUUGUAAUUUUCUCACUAUCAUGUUUAGGUCACUACUUUGUCAAAUUGGUUAUUCUUUUUUCUCAACCAUAUUUAAUUUAUCUAUACUCUGUUUACUCCGUAUAUAUUCUACUUUUCUUGCAUAAAGAAAUGAUAUCAACAACAAAAUCUCGAGUCUAGUACGUACUGGUCAUGGCAGGAACCAUGUAUGAUGUCUGCAUUGUAGGAGCUGGAAUGGUGGGGUCAGCUGCAGCCAAGUGGCUCUGUAAACUACAACGAGAAACCAAAGUCUGUCUGAUUGGGCCUCAGGAACCAACAGAAGAGGAAUGGCAGAAGAGGGAGAUAUUUUCAGCCCAUUAUGAUGAAGGGCGCCUGAGUAGGGAAAUGGAUGAGUCUCUUAUUUGGGCUAUUCUAGCACAGAGGUCAAUAAAACAAUACAGAAAUAUCGAGAAAGAAAGUGGCAUCAACUUUUACCAAGAAGUUGGAUGCGCUUUUGUUGAUAUUCAGGGCAAGGAGAGCUUAGAAGUUACGAAACAGAACGCAGAAAAGAUGGGUGUCACAACAUACAAAGCUUUAGACUCAGUUGGCCUUCAAGAUCAGUUUCCAUAUCUUCAUAUAGAGUCAAAUUGGGAAUUUCUGUUCAACUCCAAGAAUGCCGGAUACGUCAGUCCCCGGAAUCUCGUUGCAGCUCAGCAGAAAAUAGCCUCAUCGCACGGUUGUCAGGUGAUCAAUGACGUUGUGGUGAAAGUCCAUGAGGAUGCUGGUGGUGGCGAUGAUGAUUUCUUGAAGGUUCUUUGCCAGAGUGGUCGUGAGGUAACUUCCAAUCGUGUACUCCUCUGCAUGGGUGCCUUCUCGAAUUGCUACGACCUGUUACCCGAAGGCAAGCAGAUCGACUUCAAACCGAUGAAGACCUUUGUCGUGAAACCAGAAGUCAGUGAGGAAUAUGCCAAGACACAUGCAGACAUGCCCAGCAUGAUAACCAACAUUCCAGGCAAAAUGAGUUACAUUCUACCUCCUAUCAAGUACCCGGACGGAAAGUAUUACCUCAAGAUCGGUGGAUAUAAGGUCCCCAAUGUUGCCAGUGAUCUUCAAGACAUGGUGGAGUGGUUCCGAUCAGAAGCACAGCAUCAAGACAAGAAAGACGCCACUUUGGACAUGUUGAAGUUCUUUCUUCCAGAUCUGGACCCCAUUUCUGUACGAACAGCUCGUUGUGCAACCUCACACCCACCUACUAAGAUGCUAUACUGUGACAUGGUCACAACACGCCUUGGAGUUGUGAUGGGUUUGUCUGGUAAAGGGGCCAAAUCCAGCGAUGAGAUUGGUAGAAUGGGGGCAAAGAUGAUCGCCAGGGGGUCGUGGGAUUAUGAUCUUCCUGCAGAACACUUCAAGCUAAGGUACAAGACCACGGGAGCGCAACGACCUAAUCGCAGAGGCGCUAUUCUGCCUCGGAUUACAUCGAGGAUCUCCUUAUACCAAAAGGUAUAUUAUAUCCAUUGCGCUCGCGUCUACCUUACAUCUCAGUCACACCGCUAAACCAACUCCAUCCAGAACAACUACCAAGCCGACUUAUUUUGGGCCAUAGAGGUUAUAAUUUGUCGUUGAGGUGUCGGUCUUGUCGGUGAGGUGUCGGUCUUGUCGUUGGGGUAUCGAUCUUGUCGGCGUGACUGAGGUAUUCAUCAUGGCCCGUUGUCUCACAUCUCUCACUAUGCCAGUGCCAUUAUGGUAGUAGAGCUCUUGAACAGAGUCACACUAUUUCUUUUGAAUAAGCUACCCUCGGGCUACCCUGUAGCGCCAUGAGCAUUAAUUGCAUAGAAAUCAAAAUCGGCUUCUGUUUAUUACUCGGAGCUACUAAUUUUGUAUAAUUAUGACGAAUGUAUUCAAUCUAAUUCCCAAAGGUAUGGACUUACAUGUAUAACCUAUAGUUUAAUAAGUUAUGUUUGUACAACUUAUUUCACAGCGCAUUGGGUGACAUUAAUGUUUGUCAGAAGGAGUGCUGAAAAAUAUGUAGCAUUAUUACAAUUAUUUAUAACUACUAAAUUGAAUACAGAGAGAAGAGCCGCUUCCUGUGCUUUGAAAUCAUGUGUAAAUUUAUCUUAUUUGGAAGUUUUUUUUUGCUCAAUGAUGAAUGUUAGGCCUAAUGUGGGCUCGUGAAAAUAAUUAUAUAUCUUUUUUUUUCUGUUUCCCUUUUAGCUGUUGUCAAAGCCGAUUAUUGCCGUGUAUAAAGUAUAAUUUGUCACAAUUAAGUUAGUCAUUUGACACUCCAGGUGGUAUUGAUGGUUUAACACAAAGAGACUCGAUCAUACACAGUAUGUCCUCCGUUUAACACCACAAGUUUAUUGAUGGUAUUUGCACAAUCCUGUUGUAGCUAAUAAUUACACAAGCAUAAUUAUGGUAAUGUUCAUCAAUGAUGUCAACACAAGCAAAGAUCUAAUUUUUAUUUCAUAGUUAAAGAUGCUCAAUGAUAUGUUAGGCCUAAAUAAAUGUGGGCUCGUGAAAAUAAUUAUAUAUCUUUUUUUCCCCCCUUUUAGCUGUUGUCAAAGCCGAUUAUUGCCGUGUAUAAAGUAUAAUUUGUCACAAUUAAGUUAGUCAUUUGACACCACAGGUGGUAUUGAUGGUUUAACACAAAGAGACUCGAUCAUACACAGUAGUCCUCCAUUUAACACCACAAGUUUAUUGAUGGUAUUUGCACAAUCCUGUUGUAGCUAAUAAUUACACAAGCAUAAUUAUGGUAAUGUUCAUCAAUGAUGUCAACACAAGCAAAGAUCUAAUUUUUAUUUCAUAGUUAAAGAUGUACUUUGUACUUUGAAUUGUG